AUGGGCGAAUAUUCUAAAGCCCUCGAAAUCUAUGAAAAUAUUUCACAAGUUUACUGUGACAAUUUACCCGCGAAUGAUCCUGCAUUUGCUACAUUGUAUAACAAUAUGGGCCCACUGUACGGAGCUAUGCAGAUAAAUGCAAAAGCUCUGGAAAUGUAUCAUAAAUCACUGGAUGUCAAAAAGCAAAUUUCAUCUCCGAAUCACCCCGGUCUAACAGUAAUUUAUCGAAAUAUUGCUAGUGUCCAUGACAACUUAUCUGAAUUCUCAAAAGCGUUAGAAUACUACGAGAAGACGCUGCAAAUCCAGAAAAAAUCCCUGCCACCAAAGCAUUUUGAACUCGCUACAACUUAUAAUAAUAUUGCUACACUUUAUGACAAAAUAGGGAACCAUACACAAGCACGGGAUUAUUACGAAAUGAGUCUAGAUAUUUUUCUUGAAACACAUUCCGAACACCAUCCAAGUCUGGCAAACGUCUACCGCAACAUGGCAGUGGUUUAUGAUCAAACAGGUGACUAUUCAAAAGCGUUGAACUUCUUUGAAAAGGCGUUGGAAAUUUUCGACAAAUCACUCCCUCAAGAUCAUCCAAAUUUUGCGCACACGUACAAUAACAUGGGCUCGGCCUAUGAUAACAUCGGCGAGUAUACGAAAGCGUUAGAAUAUUAUCAAAAAGCUUUCGAAAUUUACAAGAGAAUUCGUCCACAGAAUCAUCCAGACUUGGCCAUUAGUCUCAACAACAUUGGAUCUAUGUAUGAUAUAAUGGACGAUUAUCCAAAAGCAUUAGAGUGCUAUUAUCAAGCUCUAGAUAUCAAGAAAGAAACUUUACCUUCACAUCAUCCAAGUAUCGGUAGUACAUACAGCAACAUUGGAACUAUUCAUGAAAGAACAGGUAAUUAUUCGAAAGCUUUAGAAUAUUAUGAAAAAUCAUUGCAUAUCAGUGAGCAAUCGCUCCCGUCGAAUCAUCCCGAUUUAGCCGUGAUCUAUAGCAACCUUGGUCAGUUAUAUGAUCAAAUGGAAAAAUAUACAGAAUCUCUUAAUUGGUACCGAAAAUCAUUGGAGAUCUAUCAGAAAUCAACUACAUCAGAUAGAAUGAUUGAACUAGCCACGCUCUACAACAAUAUCGGUACAGUCUAUACACACAAACAUGAGCUUGAAAAAGCCCUUGAAUAUCAUCAAAAAUCUUUUGAUAUCAAACAAAAGUCGCUCAAAGCCGAUCAUCCUAGCUUAGUUAACACGUACAACAAUAUCGCUUCAGUUUAUCAGGAAAUGCACGAAUAUGGCAAAGCAAUUGAAUUUUAUGAUAAAAGUCUCGAAAUUGGCCGAAAGAUUCUCCCUGAAAACCAUUCUGAUUUAAUGGCAACAUUGAAUAACAUGGGUUCUCUAUAUUAUGACAUGCAGAAGUUUACGGAAGCCUUGCCUUUCUACCAAGAAGCACUAGAUAUUGCGGAAAAGACACUACCAACAGAUCAUCCUGAUUUACAGGAACUUAAAGAAAAUGUACAAGUUCUCAAGCAAUAUCUCAAAAAAUAG